AUGAGUGCCUUCGGCAACAAUCCUACACAGAGCGCCGCGUCAAACACGACGGGUGCGGGAACGCCUGCAAGCGGCACUGGUCCUGGAACAAACCUUUUCGGAGGCUCUGCGUUCGGAGGCGAGUUUAGAUCUUCUUUAUAUCCCUCUGGAAACGAAUCUAACAACAGCGGUGCGGGGCUUUUCGGUGGAGGUAACGCGACGAACACCACAGGUGGUGCUGGCCUGUUCGGAGGUGCGGCUUCUGGCGGCAAUCUAUUCGGGAAUUCUGGGGCCAAGCCAGCUGCCGGGGGUGGUUUAUUCGGGAACGCAAACACGACUGGCCAGUCUUCCGGAGGCAGCAUCUUCGGAAACCAGGGUGGCUCUACGGGAACGUCAGCAGGACCGACUGGGGUGGGGCUCUUCGGCAAUGCAGGUGGCAGCUCAGCCGCCCCAGCGUCGGGAGGGGGCCUUUUCGGAGGCACCAGCAACAGUGCCGCCACUCCGGCCGCAGGUGGUGGUUUGUUCGGGAACGCCGGCGGUGCAUCUUCCAACCAAUCAGGUGCAACCACUCCGGCAGCAGGAGGGGGCCUCUUCGGCAACAAUGCGACCGCUCCAGCAGGAAGUUCCGCCACCUCAGCUCCAGCUGGCGGAUUGUUUGGUAACGCAGGUGCCUCAAACACGCCUGGGGUAGGUCUCUUUGGUUCGGCCCCCGCGGGAGGCAGUACUGCCGCGGGGAAUAACGCCUUCGGAGGAGGCCUUUUCGGUGCGAAACCAGCGGGGCAAACAACAUCUACCCCUACAACAACUGCUGCACCGGGUGGCACCGCCGGUACUACACCGAAUCUGUUCGGAAGUGCGAAGCCUACUGAUCAAACGUCUUCCACGACCCCCAAACCUGCUGCAAGCAACUUCUUCGCUCAGCCUGGCACGAGCGGGACAUCGUCAACGACACCCGCCGCCGCACCUUCCGGAGGCCUUUUCGGCUCGGCGCCCAAACCCGCAGGUGCCCCUGCGAGUUCAGCGGCGUCGGGGACAAGCAGCACGCCGGCACCGGCUGGUGGUGGCCUCCUUGGGGCUGGGUUGUUCGGUGCUAAGCCGAGCACGCCUGCACCAUCAUCGACUGCCGCUCCUGCGACCUCAACAUUGCCAGGAUUUUCGCUAGGCGGCGGGGCCUCGAAGGAUGCGGCUGCAGACAAAGACAAGGACGCAUCGAAGACGUCGUUAUCAAUACCGAACUUCUUUGCGAAGCCUGAUGACAAGAAGGAUGCACCCACGAGCCUACCGGCAUUCAGCCUUCUCGGGGCUGCAAACAAGGAUGCAGAGAAGAAGGAUGGUGCACCUGCCCCUUCUUCCACGUUCUCGCUAGGUGCCAGUCUCGCACCAAAAGAAGGUGAUAAAGCAAAGGAUGCAGCCGCAUCAGGUGCGCCUGCUACGACAUCAACCGCAAUAGCAGUGCCUCCGCCAUCUAUGCUCCGAGGGAAGACGAUCGAGGAGAUCGUUAACAAGUGGUCGACCGAGCUCGACAACCAUGUUCGUGAAUUCAACAAAUUCGCAAGCGAGGUCGCAGUAUGGGACCGUGCGCUUAUCGAGAACGGCAACAACCUCGCCGCGUUGUACAACCUCGUGGUCGCAGCGGAGCAAGAGCAAAAUGACAUCGACCAGUCGCUAGACCAUAUCGAGCAGCAGCAAAGGGAACUUGUUGCGACAUUGGAGGCGUAUGAGAGGUCAACAGAGGAAAUACUCGGCGGCCAGGGUAGCAACCUCCGUGCGCUCGACACGGGUCCUGCCGAUACCGAGCGUGACAGGAACUACACGGUUGCGACCGAACUGCACGGUCACCUGGAUGACCUGUCUGGCUCGCUGACCCAGAUGAUUGACGCGGUGAACGCGCUUGCGCUCCCUACCGACGGUGCCUCACAAAACAACGAUGACGCGCUGAGUCAGAUAGGCGAGAUCCUGAGCAGUCACCUCAUGAGCUUGCUCUGGAUAGAUGGCUCUGUGAAAGAGGUCGAGAGCCGAGUCAACGAAGUGGAGAAACGGGUCCGGCUCGCGGAGGAAAGUGGCGCUGGCUCUAGCUUCAAAGGCAGAGGGUUCGGCUUAGGUGGCAGUCGAUAAGACUUGUAGAACAGAGUGUGUUUCUGAAUCGGCGACUGGAUUACGAUAAUUGUAUCAUAAGUUACGAGCGAUGCGCCCCAUCACAUUUUUCAUGGAAGUGGCACAGGCUGAAGCGCAGGUGCGAAUCGGAGGGACCGAUGCGUCUUCUGACACGUUAAGGGGUAUGUCCCACAACAGGAGAACGUCCGAUCGACUGGGAGGUACGUUCCCGGAACGCGUUCCGGGAAC